AUGUUUCUGCGCAAGGGCGGUACAGGUUGUCCAUAUUACUUUGUGGCCAUUCUAGUAAUGGCUUCAACCAAUGGUAAUUACACAUUUCAAAGCGACACUAAAGAUGACAUUUUCGGUUAUCUCUAUAAUAAAACAUUCACACCGAACAAUACAAACUUAAAUUUCCUUACGCAGGACGAUGACGCUGGCCCUGGAUAUAAUUUCAGAUUCACUGCGACUUUGUUGAGCGCUCAUUCAGCGAUUCACGUAGUUACAACAUACUAUCCUUCUAAAUCUGCAGCAUUCAAAAUCAUAAUUGACGGCCCCUCGCAAGUAACAUUACGUCCAUAUAACGGUACUCCUCACACAGUGAUUUGCCCACAAACCACAACCACAACAACGACUACAACAACGACUACGACAUCGAUCACGCCGAACACUCCUACAACGACCACAACGGCAAUCACGACAGAGACUAUAACAACGACUGCAAUCCCGACUACAACAGCAACCACGCCCAAGAGUACCACAACGACUACGACCAAAACUACAGCAAAGACCACAACAACAACUACGACCAAACCUACAACCAAAACUACAACAACGACUACGACCAAAACUACAACAACUACUACGACCAAGACUACAACAACGACUACGACCAAGACUACAGCAAAGACUACAACAACGACUACGACCAAAACUACAGCAAAGACUACAACAACGACUACGACCAAAACUACAGCAAAGACUACAACAACAACUACGACCAAACCUACAACCAAAACUACAACAACGACCAAAGGUACCGUUGGUAGUGAGACGACCAUUAGAUGCCCAACUAUCGACAUCACUACUUGGCUUCGUGUAGUGCGUGCAAUUCAUGUCUCAUUAUCGACAGACAUUCAGAAGGGAAGCAUUCAGCAGCACCAUUUUCUUUGA